UCGGCAUCCUAGGCUGCGGACUAUCAGCCAAUCAACCGCAGCUUGCAGACCGCUCCGGCUCUGUUCAUCCCAGUUUGAAAAAAAAAAGGAAGAAAAUCCUCAAGAGGAGGAAUGAGGGGAAGAUAAGUUGUUGGGCGAUUGUUGCUGCCAGCGGAAGAAAAGUGAGUGUGAGUGGGGCGGCAGUCGCUGGUGGAAGGAUAGUGCUCAGCAUGGUGAUGGAGGAUAUGGCUGUUUCUCUUGGCUUCUAACUCCAUUGUCCCGACCUGAUACCCCUACUGAACACAAUUACAAUCAUGCACAUAAGUCCACGCGGAAUGUGAUAGAAAGAUGUUUUGGUGUGCUGAAAUCUAGGUUUCGGUGUCUGGAUAAGUCUAGUGGCCUUUUGUUGUAUAGUCCCUCCAAGGUGACUCAAAUUGUGUUCUGCUGCUGCUUUCUUCAUAACAUGUGUUUGCAACAACAUCUGCCACAUGUUGAGGAGGAGGAGGAAGAAAGCAGCCAGCAAGCAGAGGAAUUAGAGACAUCUGCUGAUACUUGGAGUACAGAUGUAGGGAGGCAGGUUAGUCAAGAGAUCAUCAAUCGCUAUUUCUAAGGAUGGCAUUUUGUGCUGAAACACUAAAAGAACGAGGAGAAUGGGAAGUCUGGAAAAUCUGGAUAUAGAGGAGUUUCCACCCCCACCACCUGAAGUUUUUGAAAAUGAGUUAACGUUUCAUGCGCUUGCUGAUGAGGAGGAGGAGGAUGAAGGUGAAAAGUUUGACUUUGAUAGUGGUGAUGAUGCUCCAGAAGCUGACAGACAACCACUUCACUUGGCUGGGGAUGAUCUCAUUGACCUAGGACUUAAACUACCGGAUCCUCCGGUAUUCGAUCAGUUAGUAGACGAUGCCUGUGAAGAAUCAUCUCAAGAUCUGACCACAUCGAAUGAUCUGGGUACAGUGCCAAAAAAAGUCAACCCUUAUUCUGUGAUUGACAUUGGACAAUUUCAAGAUGGGGAUUCCUCUGCAUCUCAAGAACCUCAGUCUGUGGGUGACAAUACAAGUCCCUGGGUGCCGAGUGGUUAUGAUGUUCCUGUACCAUGCGGGUAUGCGGUUCCCUCUAACUUACCCUUGCUAGUGCCAGCAUACUCCACACCAGUUAUAAUUCGCCACAUUUCUGUUGAUGAACAAGGAGUUCAGGAGAAAGUGCCAAAUCCUCACAUUCAAUAUGUAGUGGACAACCAUCAUACAAGUGAUGAUUUUCAGGCAUCGAAAGAAGAUGAUGUGUUGGCCAAAUGGGUUUCAGAUCCAGCAAAUACAGAAUGGAUGGAGAACCCUGAUGAAGUUAUUUAUGAUGAUGUUCCAAGAGAAAAUUCAGAUUCGGCUACAGAUCCUGAAGAAAUGAUAUAUGAUGAUGUGGAAAAUGGUGAAGAUGGUGGAAACAGCUCCCUGGAUUAUGGCUGGAGUUCUAGUGAAUUUGAAAGCUAUGAAGAGCACAGUGAUUCCGAGUUAAAACAUGGGGUGCCAAUCUCCUUCCUCCGAGGGAACAACAAGAGACAUCUUUCUCAGGACCUAACACGUUUAAAACAACACUACGAGAGAAAGAUGAAAGAUUUGGUGACAAACAAAGUGGGAGGAGUAGAGAUCCAACAGUUAAAACAAAAACAUGAACUAAAGAUGCAGAGGUUGAUGAAGGCUGCAAAAGAAGGCACAAAAGAUGGGCUUGAAAAAACAAAGGCUGCUGUGAAGAAAGGUCGCUCCUACAUCAGAACAAAGUCAUUUGUUUUGCAUGAUCGUAAGUCCGCCUGUCUUGAGGAUGAAGAGUUGAAUUUAUUCAUAGAUGUAGACUGCAUGCAUACAGAGGCCAUCAUGUCUCCUAUGCCGGAAGGAUUAACUCAGCAACAGGUUGUAAGAAGAUACAUUCUUGGCUCAAUAGUGGAAAGUGAAAAAAACUAUGUGGACUCACUGAAACGAAUUCUAGAGCAAUACGAGAAGCCACUGUGUGACAUGGAGCCAAAGCUAUUAAGUGAAAGAAAGCUGAAGGUAGUCUUUUAUCGAAUAAAGGAAAUUCUCCAAUGCCACUCGCUGUUCCAGAUUGCUCUUGCCAGCCGGGUCUCUGAGUGGGACUCAACAGAAAUGAUCGGAGAUGUAUUUGUAGCAUCAUUUUCAAAAUCCAUGGUACUUGAUGCAUAUAGCGAAUAUGUAAACAAUUUCAGCACUGCUGUUGGAAUUCUCAGGAGAACAUGUGCCACUAAACCAACAUUUCUGGAAUUUUUAAAACAGAGCCAGGAUUCCAGCCCUGAUCGUAUUACUCUAUAUGGCUUGAUGAUGAAGCCAAUCCAACGCUUCCCACAGUUUAUCCUUUUGUUACAGGACAUGUUGAAAAACACAGUGAAGGGUCAUCCUGACCGGCUUCCUUUGCAAAUGGCUCUUACAGAGCUGGAGACGUUAGCUGACAAACUCAAUGAGAGGAAGCGGGAUGCAGACCAACGCUGUGAAAUUAAACAAAUCGCCAAAGCAAUGAAUGAAAGGUAUCUGAACAAGCUCCUCAGUAAUGGCAGCAGAUACCUUAUUCGGUCCGAUGACAUGGUAGAAACUGUUUAUAAUGAGAGAGGUGACAUAGUAAAGACCAAGCAGAGGCGUCUCUUCAUGUUGAAUGAUGUUCUGAUGUGUGCCACAGCUAAUUCAAGAUCUUCUAAUGAAGGCAGCAAUAUGGUUACAGAAAGCCAGAAGUACUUGCUGAAAUGGAGUGUGCCUCUGGGGCAAGUUGAAGUUAUUGAAUAUGGAGAAAGUGAGGAGCAAGGGAAUCCGUCUCGGUUUUCUGCUUUACAUGUAGCGGAGACACCAAAUACAUUAUACAUGGGGCCUGGGCAGCUUUACCACGACUUACAAAAUCUGCUUCAUGAUUUGGAUGUCGUCAGCCAGAUUUCACAAUUAAUUUCACAUCUGAAAGGAAACUAUCAGAAUUUGAAUCACGCAGUGGCCCAGGACUGGUCUUCAGGCUUACAAAAGUUGAUCUUGAAGAAAGAGCAUGAAAUCCGAGCCGCAGACCGCUGCAGAAUUCAGCUCCAGCUUCCUGGCAAGCAUGACAAAUCAGGGCGAAUGACUUUCUUUACAGCAGUGUUUAAUACAUUUACUCCUGCUGCGAAGCAGUCAUGGAUCAGUAACUUACAGAUGGCUAAACUUGCUCUUGGAGAGGAGAACCAGCUGGGUUGGUUCUGUCUAGAAGAUGAGGGAAACCCGAUCAAAAAGGAAAAGCACCCCUUGCUUGUUAAGCACCUCCCAGUUAUAAUGUCAAAACAACAGGAAUUUAAGAUUGAAUGUGCUGUCUAUAAUCCUGAACCUUACCUAAGUAGUGAAAAUGAUCCAGAUACACUUUCCAUGCAUCAUGGUUUUCUAUGGAUUGGCAGUUGCACUAAUCAGAUGGGUCAGAUUGCUGUUGUCUCACUUCACAACCGUAGCCCGAAGGUGAUAGAGUGUUUCAAUGUGGAAUCACGCAUACUCUGCAUGGUCUAUGUCCCAGAGGAACAAAAACACAAGCAAUUAAACGAUGUCCCAGAUUCUGACUGUGGCUCUUCUCAAGCACCAGAUGUGCCCACAAUUUGUCUGGGCAUGGAAGAAGGAAGCAUAUGUGUGUACAAAAGUAGCCAAGGCUCAAAAAAGGUCCGUCUACAGCUCUUUUUCACUCCAGAAAAGUCCACCGUCAUGAGUCUUGCUAGCAUUUCCAACAGUUUGUAUGCUGGUCUUGUGAAUGGGAAUCUCGCAAUCUACACAAAGAUGGGAGAUGGCUCCUGGCACGUAGAUUCACCAACACUGAUAAAAUUAGGGGUUUUACCUGUUAGGAGUUUGUUAGUGAUGGAAGGAACUAUUUGGGCUGCUUCUGGAGGACAAAUAUUCAUAAUUGGAAAAGAAACAUACAACAUAGAGCACCAAUUUGAAGCUCAUCAAGAAGAGGGCAUGGUGAUUUCUCAUAUGGCAGUUGCUGGAGUUGGCAUCUGGAUUGCCUUUACGUCUGGCUCCACAUUACGUCUGUUUCACACCGAGACCUUUGAGCAUCUUCAAGAUAUUAACAUAGCAACUCCAGUACACCACAUGCUAUCAGGACAACAGCGUGUGUCUGUUACUAGCUUGCUGGUGUGUCAUGGUUUACUAAUGGUUGGCACUAAUAUUGGAGUUAUUGUAGCUUUCCCAGUUCCUCGUCUACAAGGAAUUCCAAAAGUCACUGGGCGAGGAAUGGUAUCUUACCAUGCACACCACAGUGCUGUCAAAUUCCUUGUCAUGGCCACCGCAGUGCACAAAAAACAUAGGCGGACGCCAAGCAGAUGUAGCCAGACUUCAAAUGUGGAACUAAAACCUGAAGACACUUGUGGGGCCCAUGUGCAGCAAAAUGAGGAAGCAGUCUCUGCAACUGCUAGCAACAAUAAUGACAGUGCCAUAUGGCUGGGGGGCUCCAUGGGGUCCAUUGCACAAAAAAGUGACCUAUCGUCAUCUUCUUGCUCUCUCACACCAUCUCAUGGAUCAAAUCCCUAUGAAGACUGCACUCUUUAUGAUCUCCUGAGCGACCCCAGCAUACCACCACGAAACAGUAAAAGCCAACGAGCCAGGAAGCUUAAAGUGGACUCUGUCAUGGUGAUCUCUGGUGGUCAGGGUCACAAAAGAGUAAACAAGAAGCACAAACCACAACGACAAGAAGAGCCGGUUUCUUCUGCUAUGGUUUGGCAGAUUCCACUGUUACACAUUUAAUGACCCAAAAGAAAAAAAUAAAUGUGUCCUUUAGUUCAUAAUGCAUUCCACCACAUCUUUUUCCAAGUUUUAUGUAAAUGUCUUUUGUUAACACUUAAAACAAUAUACGUGAGCUAUCUGAAAAAAAAAGUUUUCUCGAAGUCAUCCAUUGAAAACAAAGGGUAGAACUAAUAUAACACUGAACAUGUUAACAAACACCUUCAUUCUUCUUAGUAUAUGAGAACAUGCACUGUCUGUCACACAUCCAAAGCGCCAUGAGAACGUACACUGUCUGUCACCCAUCCAAAGCGCUAUGAGAAUGUGCAUUGUCUGCCACACAUCCAAAGCACUAUGAGAACGUGCACUGUCUGUCACACAUCCAAAGCGCUAUGAGAAUGUGCACUGUCACCCAUCCAAAGUCCAUGAGAACGUACACUGUCUGUCACCCAUCCAAAGCGCUAUGAGAACGUGCACUGUCUGAGUUUCUUAUAUGUGUCUAACAUAAUUCUUAACACCCAGUUCUUGCCUUGUGGGCUAUAGCAUCUCGCAGGUAAAGCAGAGGACAUGAAUAAGCUUGUACACUAAUAAUAUGAGAUACAGGAAUGUGAUGAGCCAUCUGUAACUAUAUUAUGGAUGUGGAAAACUCUACAUAACCAAACAGGACUUGAACAAAGAAAAUUACUUUCUUCAUCCAAUAGAUAGCAUUAUGAAAUGUUUCAUAGUAUCAUUGGACUUCUGUAAUCAUGGCUUUGUGCAUUUAAACCAGUAUGUUACCAUAACAGUCUAUGGGCCCAGUGUAUGGAAGAGUGAAUGUCACAAUCUCAUGUAAUAUGUUUGGGCUAAUGAUGACUUUAACAUUUACUGUACACUUUAAUUGCAGUGUACUAGUUUUACAGAAAUAUUACCAAAAAUAAAAUAUAUCAUGUAAUCAAAGUAAAACAUGAAAGAAAUGA